GUGGUACGGAGGCAUUGUACGGAGGUAACGGAGGUUUUCGCGGACUGCUUAUGACCGCGUGCCUACGUACGGCAGGUCAGAGGAUGUGCAUCUAAGACGAAAAACCUAUUUGAAUAUGUCAACUAUUAAAAGCAUCAACGCGCGAAACUCUCGACAAUAAGUAAACUGAGAUGCGUAGACAUUGCCCCGAGCCUUGGAUAUCGGGAGACGCGGAAAGCGUUUAAACAGUGCGUAAACAAAUAGAGCCUCGUGCUACCCGCGGAACGUUUAAGGAAUGGUGCACAUAACAGCAUGUCUUCUUUGCAUUUCAAGCUGUGUGCGCGGAAGCAGUGAUAGAGAAUAUCAACAUGUCUAACCACGAGAAACUCGUCGUUCGGCACAGGACCUCUCAGGACGGGCAGAGUUGCGGGUGCGGGCGGCCGGCAUAUCUCAUCAAUGCGGCUGCACAGAUGUCACUUGACUGUAAUGCCUGUAAAGUCCGUGAUGACAAGGACUUGCCGAGAAUUCCCAAGAUUCCGGCACAGAACAUUAUCUUGCGGCUACAGCACCGCGAAAUCUACGCCGCCAAGCAGAACGUGUCGCCGUUGCACGUCUCUCGGCGUCUCCACCAAAAUGCGUGUCCUAACUUCACCGUCGUCAACGUGGAAAAGCCACCGUGUUUCCUGCGAAAAUUUUCGCCCGACGGGAAGCACCUCGUGGCUUUCUCGUCUGACCAAACCUCAAUCGAGAUUUACUGGUACCGCGGUCCCUGUGCGGCUGCCCACCUCUUGAGGGGAUUCAGUGGAGACCACUUGGGAUCGGAGGCCGAGUCGGCCCAAGUGCGGAGCACCAUUUUCAGCGAGUUCUUUCGGCUUCGUCACAUUGUGAACGUGUCGGGAAACGGCGGUGAGCAGCUGAAUCGCGAGUGCAGCUUGUUCACUGACGAUUGUCGGCAUGUCAUCGUGGGCUCAGCCAUGUAUGUUCCCGAGGAACCGCAUCCGUUUUUCUGGGACAUGCACCGCAACAACGAGUCGGUGUCUCCGAGUCCCCGCUCUCCCCUGGAGGACUAUUCGCUGCACCUUGUCGAUAUGGUCACCGGCACCCUCAAGGACAAACGCACAUUCAAGACGGACAAGAUCUUUCUGUCUCACAAUCAGGGACUCUACCUUUACCGCGACACACUGGCGGUUCUCUCAGUGCAGCACCAGACUGUCCACAUAUUCAAGGUCACAAAGGAAGGUCAUUUCGUUGAUGUCCGCACUGUGGGGCGCUUCUGCUAUGAGGACGAUGAGCUGCUCGUGUCGUCAGCAUUCCUUGCAGCUGGCAGAAGCGAGCAGCGACCAUACUGCGAACGCACUCUUAAUUCACUCAAGCACCGCCUGCUGGUGCAUCUGUAUCGUCAGGCUGAAGCUGAACAGAACCCAACAGCACUGCGCAAGUUCUAUCAGCACUUUGACCAGCUUUGUGACCUGCGACUGUGGAAGAUGCAACUGCUGGACGAACGACACCUGCUGCUCAAGUAUGCCAGUGAAGAUGUGGUCUCGUUCCGGCUCUCGGACCCAAACUCCCAACCGUCCUUCUUCGUGGUUUACAACCUAGUGACCACUGAGGUGCUGGCAGUCUACGAAAACACCUCGGAGGAGCUGCUCGAGUUGCUCGAAAACUUCAGCGACCUACUGCGCAAUGCGGCGCUCCACUCGGACGCCCAGCUAACCUGUUCUCCAUCCAACAACAUUUACGCACGGCUAGUACAACAGAGGUUCAAGCAGACCAUUGUGAAUGCUCGCUAUGGGGGCCAGACGGAGGCAGUCAAGCGCCUAUUGGCACAGCUGCCCAUCAGCUCGCAGUCGUACAGCAACAGUCCCUACCUAGACCUGGCACUCUUCAGCUAUGACGACAAGUGGGUGUCAGUGCUGGAGAGGCCCAAGGCCUGUGGAGACUACCCCAUUAGCUUCUACGCACGGGACUCUGGCCUCCUGAAGUUCAAGAUCUAUGCAGGUUUGCAGGGGCGAAAUGCACCGCCAGCGGCACGACGGCUUGUCGCUUUCACCUUCCACCCUUAUGACCCUUUCGCAAUAAGUGUACAAAGAACCAAUGCAGAGUAUGUAGUCAACUUCCACAUCCACAAUUCCAGCUCACCUUUUACAUCUUGAGACAAUUUGCCUAUUACUUGCUGCGAACAACUGACCAUGAAACUCAAGUUUAACAAGCUUGUGGAAGAUAUUAGUAUCCAUGCAUCAUAGGUAAUUCCUUUCACAAUUACUGUGCUCCAUCAUUUCUUACCCAUAUAUCACGCCACCAUGUGCGAUACCCGAGUGUUUGUAAAUGCAUGUGAAAUGCAAUUGAUAGUACAGUCAGUCUUUUGUGCAUUCGGCUUACAUAUAUAUAUGAAAUGAACUUGCAAAAGUGAAGAGAAAAAAAAUUUUGUGGGAAUGUGGAUUGUCACCUACAGGUGUAGAUAUCCUCAGUGAUCUUAACUUUUUUUUUUUUUUGAAGCAUUGGAAUUAUUGAGGUGCAAGCCAUUUACACUGUAGUGACCAUUGGUUUUAGCAGAGGUAGCACCAAAUGAGGUGCUUAGGCACCUUCAUAAAAAGAAGUGAAACUGUUGUCAACGUGCUUACAACACGAUGCCGUGUCUUACACCUCUCAAACUAGCUUAGAAACUGCAGGCAAAUUAGGAACACAUGUAAAGGUGCUCUACAAGUGUUAGUUUUUCUCUGUUGGUUGGUUGCAGCUGAUGUAAAGCUUCAUGUUCAAGCUCUGCAUUGUGACAAUACUCUAUUUUUUAGUAGCUAGCUGCCAGAAGCCGUGUGGUAGCCAUCUCCUUCAUGUAAAAGUUGGCCGAGAAACUGACUGAAGCAUUGUGAUCGUACUGUUGCAUAACUGUUCAAUCAUAUUUCAAAAAUCCUCAAUCAUUGUAACCGAGCGCACAAAUCCAAUUAUGCUUUGAAUGGAAGAUCUCCUCACUGCUUGUAGUAGUUGCCAACUUGUUUUUCUAGUCACAUGAUUUUGCCUAUGAGCGUAUCAACUAUACAUAGGUGUAGCCAUACAUUAUGUCCUCUUUUACACAGUCCACUGUGCCUGCUCACAGUAUUUUGGCUUGCUUUGGCACACAAGUGUACACAGUACUUACACAAAGCACACUGCCGUCCACUCACUGUCACUAGAAAAUACAAAUUUCAAGACCUUUCUGUGCAUGUGACUGGCAUUCGUAGUGUUCACAAUUCGCAAAUGUGGUCACUGCUAAUCGUGGGACCUAUGGGAAGUGUUACACUUCUGUCAGAUGCAACUAGAGGCAGAACUCUGUGCUGCAGUUGUCACAACAUUUACUUUAGAUAGGAUGCGUAUAAAAUAAUUGUUUCAAAUGUAUUGGACCUAGAAACCUGCAAACACUUUAGUGAGAAAAUUAGGAUAUGUAUUGUAGCGACUAAUUCACUUUGUUAUGUUAGACCAAAUGCUCUUGGAUUACAAGUGUCUAGUGUCAAAAAUUUUUCAAAUCUUCAUGAGCUGACCUAAUUUUCGCUCAGAAAUCUUGCUCCAGCACUGCCCAUGUAAGUUGCCUUUUUGUCGACUCGCCGGAAAUGUGUACACAAAUCAUGUACGACUAGUUCGUGGACUUGUGCUGUGAUGUACUCCGAUUAUGUAACAAUGUGUGUAAACUUCUUUUAACCCCGCGAUGCACAAGUUGAGUUUUCUGCUUUUCAGUGUAUCAUGUGUUUACAUACUCAAAUUUGAACUGAUUUGUAGUGCUUGCUCAGAAUCGUUUAAGUAGUAAUAAUUGCAUUUUCAUAUGGCAGAAAGUCUAACCUGAACUAUAGUCUAACCCAUGGAAAAAUUAGAGGGGUGAUGGUAUACUGCCAAGCACAGUUUGCCUCUAUUGCUACAUACAUGUGUAAAAUAAAUGUGUGUACAUAUAUUGCUGUA